CAAUGGAUCCUCCUUGGGGCUUUGUACGCACUUGGAAUCCAGCUGUCGCCGCCCCUCGGAGCCCCCUGCCCCCGAAGGGCGCACACUUCCGGGCCGCCUGCCACCCGGAUAGCUUCGUAGCCGCCACCCCGAGAGGCGACAGCUGCUCCCGCUAUUCCCCCGCUGUCGGGUCCCAGUGGCGCCCCAAAAUGCCGGUCGACUUCAACGGGUACUGGAAGAUGCUGAGCAACGAGAAUUUCGAGGAGUACUUACGCGCGCUGGACGUCAAUGUGGCCUUGCGCAAAAUCGCCAAUUUGCUGAAGCCAGACAAAGAGAUCGUCCAAGAGGGCGACCAUAUGAUCAUCCGCACGCUGAGCACUUUCAGGAACUACAUCAUGGACUUCCAAGUUGGGCAGGAGUUUGAGGAAGAUCUGACGGGCAUAGAUGACCGCAAGUGUAUGACCACGGUGAGCUGGGAAGGGGACAAGCUCCAGUGUGUGCAGAAGGGUGAGAAGGAAGGACGUGGUUGGACCCAAUGGAUUGAGGGUGACGAGCUGCACCUGGAGAUGAGAGUGCAGGGUGUGGUCUGCAAGCAAGUAUUCAAGAAGGUUCACUGAAACCCCCAGGAGACAAGCAGACCUUUGGCUCCAGGAGUGAAUGCAUGGACAUGUGGGCCAAGAUCUCCAGUGCACAGCAUGGGCCAGAAAGUCCAGCACCCCCCAAAUUCCCCACCUCUUUCAAGGCACCUGUGUCUUGACUUCUUCUCUUUCCCUUUUCUUAAAAACCAUUCCAAUAAAAACAACCUCC